AUGGUCGAUUCUGUUGUUAGAUGUGUUUCCGCUUUGCCUGUUAGUUGUUGUAAAUCAAGUUCCUUUACUCGUCAUAUAUUCUUGAGUGGGGGACUUGCAGUUGGUAAGACAACUAUCCUUAAUUAUUUACGAAGUGUGUGUAUUGAUAUGGAAGAUGUGUUUUUUGUUCAAGAGUAUAUAGAUUUUGAUAUUGAUGGUGAAUCGCGUUUAGAAUGUUUACAUCGUGGUGUGAUAAAGAAUUAUCAAUUCCAGAAAUAUGUAUUAGGAUGUUAUAGAAAACAGUUUAUGAAACAGGAGUUCAGGCGAGCAACAAUUGUUAUAUGGGAAAGACAUUUAAGUGAAGCUCUUAGUAUAUUUUGUGAUGGUGAUGAAUCUCUCACCAUUGAAGAACGUGAAGAUAUUAAAAAUGAUAUAGAUGAUUUAUGUGAAAUGUAUGAUAUUCCUAGCUUAGAUAAUAUUAAUGUUAAAUUUGUCAAGGUUGAUACGGCAGCAAUCGAAAUUAAACAAGUCAUACAACUUUUAUUAAAUGGUGUUAUUUAUCCAAUGUUAAUGAAAAAUUAUAGACAUGAUUUAUUUGUUUUGUUGUAUUGUGGAGAUUUAAAAGAACAGUUUCGCAGAGUAUUACAAAGAGGAAGAAAUGUCGAACUAGAUAUGUAUAAAACGAGUGAGGAUUUGCUUAAAAUCAAUGAUACUUAUUUUGAAUUUUAUUUAAAACAUGAUAAAUUAAUUAAUUGA